AUGACGUCCUCGCCCAUCUUCGACAAUAUCUGCACACUCCCUCUACCAACCGACCUCUUCGCAGUUGCAUUACAUCCAAGUAAACCGGUACUCACAGUCGGUCUUGCAUCGGGUCAAGUCCUUGCAUAUCAACUACCCUCGUCUGACGAGUCCUCACCUCCACCGCAACCUCGACGUGAAAGCAUCAAUGGCACGAACUCAAUACUGUCGCAGCGGCGCAGAUCAUCCUCAGCCUCGGAGAACGGUCUUGGCUCAAUAAGCACUAUAUGGAAGACGAGAAGACACAAAGGUUCAUGUCGUGCGCUCGCUCACAGUCCUGAUGGUUCAGUGUGCUAUUCUGGGGGAACAGAUGGACUGGUGAAGGCCUUUGACACAGAAACAGGUAGAGUCGUGUCGAAGGUUGCGAUACCUCUACCGAAAGCUGCUCGUGAAGGGGUCGAUGCUCCAACACUUCUCUAUGCGCUUACACCCCUCCACUUGAUAGUAGCUACAGAUUCUGGCGCUCUACACAUCUACGACUUAAAGGACAACUCCAAAAUUAUUUCAGAUCAGCCGGUACAGACAUACCACCCUCACGGCGAAGAACACGUCAACAAUCUAGUGCCUAUACCACCAACCGCUGCUAGCACGAGUGGUUUUCCGAAGCAAUUUGUCACUGUCGGAGGUUCGACUUUAGCAGUUACAGAUUUGAGAAAGGGCGUUGUGGCUACAAGUGAAGAUCUCGAAGUCGAAGUGUCUUCGAUCGACAUUGUCUCGGGCUUGAAAAGUGGUGGAACCUCGGUCGGCUCGAAAGCCCUGGUAGGCCAGUCAGAUGGCGUGCUCUCCUUAUUCGAGCGAGGAGUUUGGGAUGACCUUGACGAGAGGAUAGCGGUAGACAGAGAAGGAGCAUCUAUAGAUGCUAUCUGCGAAGUCCCAUUUGAAUUCCUGCCUCAGGCUGGGAAGCUCAAAAUGAACGAGAAGAUAAUUGCGCUUGGUCUUGACGAUGGGACAAUUCGUUUCGUUCGGGUUGGUCGCAAUGCGGUAAUCUACGAGUGGGACUUGAAGCACGAUGAGAUUGAGGGUGUGACAAAGAUUGGCUUUGAUGGAAGUGGAACUAGGAUGAUCAGUGCAGGAGGGCAAACCGUAAAAAUCUGGACAAAAGCAAGCCCUGCUACGGAAGCGCGUCUCAAUGUCAAUGGUAAGCGGAAGCUACAAGCUGAUAGUGACAAUGAAGAGGAGGAGGAUAGUGAGGACGAAGACGAAGACAGUGUUGAGGGAUCAGAAAUGGAAGCUGAUUCUGAAGACGACAGUGAAAAGGAGAAAUCUGGGAAGCGGAAGAAGCGAAAGAGGAAUAAAGGAAAGGACAAAAGUGGUGGUAAGGCUCUAAAUCUGUCAGGCAUGUUUUAG